GGUCACCUGCAUUUCCUACCAUCGUCGACGCAAACACUUCUGAUUAGACUUCUUUAUUUGAGUUUCUGUAUUUUUUGCCCAAUAUUUCCUCACAAUAUUUCCCAGUGGGAUUCAAGUACUUUCUUCCAAAGCACCUAUACCUUCAAACACAAUGGCAGAGAAAAUCAUACAACUGGAGCCGACAAUGGAACAACAACCACUUGCCAUUCCGCAAGAUCAACAGCCCCAGGAGCAACCGCCACCAUCAAGCUAUUCUAGCCCUAAUGUCGUUGAACAGUCAGAAUGGUCAAAUAGUAUCUGGAAUUGCUUCUCCCCAAGCUCACUUUGUCUCAAAGCGUUCUUCUGUCCAUGUUUUGUUUAUGGCAAGACUCAGCAUCGCCUCAACAAAGAUCCCAAUCUCAUGGGAUAUUCACGAUUUAAUAAUGACUGUUUUAUAUGGGCGGGGGCUCAAUGGUGUGGUCUAGGAGCCAUAUUCACCACUCUUCAACGUCGCCAAAUUCGAACGGAAUAUGGGAUUGGAAAAGCAGGAGAGGGAGAAGUUAAAGAUAUAGCUUUGAGUUGGUGUUGUCAUUGCUGUGUUCUGAUGCAACAGGAGAAGGAGGUCAUCAUGAGGAAUCAGGGUAGUGAUGUUUUUUCACAGGGGUAUCAGAGGACGGAACCAAUGGCAAUGGCACAAACCGAUUGAUGACAGAGGGCGAGAGGGGGCGAGAGAAACUAGGACACCAAACCACUCAAAUGGAAUCAUACAUGAAAAACGUUCAUAUUAAUAAAACACUUUAUAAUGAUAUCCAUCAGUUUCCAUGUUCAACUUUUGGUUCGAAAUAUCAAUCGUGUCUGAUUUGAUGUCGACUA